UCUUAUCGAUAGAGAUGGAGGCCGGACGACUUGCGAUCAAGCAUGAUCUGGGAGAAGGGGUCGGUAUCCUCGUCUCUCAAACCAAGAUCAAUACUGGAGAAUGGCAUGCAGUCAGCAUUAACAGGGUCAGGCAAAUGAACAACCUCUUCAUCAAUGGGGUCAGCGAGGGCAUGGCCAAGUCACCAGGGUCGGAGGUCAAUCUUCAGGUCACUGGGGUCGACUUUGUCCAUGUUGGAGGUGUUCCAUCAGAGUUUACAAUAUUCCGCAACGUGACCAGUCAGAAGUUCCGAGGAUGCCUUCGCAAAUUCUUCCUCUUCCGCUCAGGUUAUCCCCUGGUCAAUCCCGGCAGCUCGUUUGGGGUCACACAUGGUUGUAUUGAACAGACUCAGCGCCGUGUAGGCAUGUCUGGUUAUGGCUAUGUGGCGUUUCCACCCAUCCCUCUAUCAAGGGAGACUGAUAUUACCGUGACCUUCACGACCUUGAUGCCAAAUGCUACCAUUCUAGCAGCGGGGGAGGCCCAGGGAAGGAGACGGAGGGACGUGGAUCCAGAUGCAACUGAUAUCUUCUAUGCUAUUGGGCUGCUGAAUGGACGUAUCAUCGUCCAGAUUAACAACGGUCAAGGAAGAUUGACCCUGAAGUCCAGGAGAGGGGACAGUCCAUACAAUGAUGGUUCUGCUCACAAUGUUGUCCUGGUCAAGAAAGAUAAGAGGGUGAAUCUGAUCGUGGACGAUCGUCGCGUUGAUACGGGUCGUCUAUCUGGUACAGAGCUCUACAUCAAUGCCAUGUCACCCUUCUACAUAGGAUCAACGGGAAACCUCACGCUCAGUCCAGAGUUCUCUUCAUUACCAAGCUUCUCAGGGUGUAUCGAGAACCUCAUUGUCAUGAAAGAAUUGCUUGGAUUUGAGAAAGCAGCCAGCUUUGAAAACGUAACGAUUGGAAUGUGUGGACCUCUAACAAUACCUCAGCCUGUGUUACCUACCACGCCCAUACCACCGGAAGAGCUAGAGACGCUGUGCUACAACCCUGGGACUCCCUCCAUGGCCAACACAGCUGGAAGGUUCGGUAGCGUAGCAGGCAGUCACCUGGCCUUUGAAAUCGACCCUCAGGAAGUCGCAAAAGUGUAAGUCAAAAAAUCUUCUGUACUCAAUU